AAUUUCGACAUUUUCGAUCCUAAUUUGUUUGAAUUUACACCACCGGAACCCUGUAUAAUUGCACAAAAUGCUUCGGAGAAUAUUUUACCGGAAAAGUCAAAAAGUCGCUACAUAUCUACAUACGACGAAUUUAUUGCGUGGGGAGAAGAGAAAAAAGCAAAUAGCUUUUUCAGUGAAUGUUAUGUUGGCAUACUUCUCCGAACUCUCAGCAAAAUUAAAACCUUCUACUUUAUUGUUGAGGUUUUCGAUGAUAAAAAGUAUCUUGAAAAUGAGGAACAACAUGGAUAUAAGUAAAUACCCAAAAUUAAAUUCUUUCUUAAAACGACAAUCAGACUGUUUUACAAGUAAAAAGUCGAAAAUAUUAACAUCGAAUGAAGUGAAGUGGUUUUAAAUGAAGCUCCCGAUGAUCGUUAUUUAGCCACAAAGGUAAUUUAUUAAUAAGUACUUAUAUUUUUCUUUACUAUUCAGUUUACGAAAUACAGUCAAUACAUAAUUUAAAAACAUAUUGAUCAAAUCCCUUUUUUGUAGGUUGCUCUGAUUUUUGGCGUUGUUGUAGCUUACCGCAGAGAGGAGUUAGCCAAUAUUAAUUUAAAAGAUAUUGAAGCCCAUGGAAAAAUGCUACUAAUCUAGUUAUAUAUGCUAUGCUUUAUUUGACGACCUCCGUAGCCGAUUGGUUCGCACGCCGGUUUCAAGGUGUCGCCAUCUCUGAGGUCCUGGGUGCGAUCACCGGUCGGGUCAAUGUAGAAAAUGAACUUUUCUAUAUUAUGUCGGGUCUGGGUGUUGUGUUACUUUCGUUGUCUCAGAUACUCCAUAAUACGGGGGCUUUGACUACUCAUCUUGGAAUCUGAACAAUGUAUGUGAUAUUGUGUAAUAUUUAUUUAUUUAUAUAUUAUAUAAUCAAGAUUCCGAACACAAAAAAUAAGAUCCCGAGAAGCUUUGUUGUUGAAGGUGUGCUUUUACAAUAGUGCAAAAAUAUAAGAAUCAGCGGUCCCAAAAAAGGAAAUACCGACCGUUUUUUUCAAAAUUACCAAAAAGGGAAGUGUACAGCUCAAGCAAUCGGGAUAAAAAAAAUUGUAAUAUGCCAAAAGAAAUAGCUAUGUUUCUUGGUCUGCCGGAUGCUGACCUCUGCUACAUUAUUGGCAGAUUCAGGAGCCAAUUUGACGUCCUUAAAGCGACUAGGAGGUUGGAAAUAAGACAAAGUUGCAGAUAGCUUUCUGCAACUUUGUCUCAUUUCCAACAUUGGUGAUUCAUUAAACAACAAACUAGAAACUGGGAAAAAAAUCACACAAUCUAUUAAUUUAAAGUCCAGUCCGUCUCCUUCACACGUUGAAGAGAACGGUCGUCCAUCUACCGACGUUGAGAAUGAUAAUUCAUC